GGCACGCACGACAAUAGGGAAUACAUCAGGCAUUUACAAUUACACAGACAGUGGGCUAUUUACAAUAUUCCCAGUAUGCAUGCUCGGCGCAUUUACUGGGCUCCGCUAUACAGAUCCAUACCGCUGGCGAUACAGUGUAAGUAUAUCUUAGGGGUUUGAAGUUGAGUUCUUCUCCUGCUUCCAUUCGUAACUGAAGAGCAGAUUUCCAAAGCAUACUCAGUCCAGUUCAAAAGUAAGUAGCAUUUCUGUGAGUUCUGGCAAACUGGAUUACAUGAGGACUGAGUAAGUUUUGUAACAUACGACGAGGAAGCCUGGACUUUAUGUCACUGGCUUUAGGUCAGUUCUAGGUACAGAAGGCACCUGUAUGUAUCUUUAUUACUCCCAUUGAGGCCCUGCUACUUCUUCAUUACUAUUUUUGUUUUAAGCAUUAAACCGUUGUCUUUAAUGCAACGUACUCUGCAACUAUUUGGUCCUAACAACAUAUCAUAACAAUUAUGUUUUAAGUUUUUGACAUGAAUAGACAGUUGAUGAAUAACUGGAAUAGCACGCUUAGGAGGGAAUCUGGAAGAGUGAGUGCUUUCAGAGAAACACCGAUGACAAACUUCACAGCGUAAUAUUGAAUUGAUGUACGUAAUACAUGAAAUAGUGCUUUUUUGCUGUAGUUAUCCUGCAUCUCACGGAGGUUGCUGUUGAACAGAAGAAAUACUUGGAAGAACAGCUUCACUGCCUGCAAGAUAUGUGGAUUUCUCACUAUCCUACACCUUUCCCAUUGAUCGUUUUAGGGGACUGUAAAUGCAGUUCAAAAUAAACUGAAAAAAAUCUCGUAUUUCACAAAUUAAAUACUUUGAUGACGUCCAAAAACAAAUAAACGACGAAUUACAGGAACACUCGUUGGACUAUCAGAAAUAACUAUUCCUGGUAUUUAAUGCAUUACAGCAAUAAAAGGUAUAAGGAAUACUAGUGUUGCUAGGACGCCUAGUUAGUUGCUAUGUUAGGGUCCUUCAAGGAAAUGCGUUGACUGUAGCUGUCGUAUAUAUUGCCUGAAUAAUUUUAUUUAACAAUAACUCAUAAUCUAAUCAUAUUAAGUAAAUGCAUGCCAUUUAGAACAUUAAAAACUUGUAUAUGUUAAGUUUUAUUUAUACUUAUUUAAGAAAUUAGUAGCUUAUGCUCUACUGUGUUUAAAUUCUGAAAAGGCUUCUUCUCAGUAGUUCAGUUGCUAGGUUCCAUUUGUUUACGGUUAUUCAAAAACAGUUGCGAACUAUUUAGCUAUACUUACACGGACUGUAUUAGUUAGAGCUAAUUGUGCAACUAAUUUAAAAAGUGAGAAUUACCGUCAGUCUUGAGUUGAAGAACAGAAAAAAGAGGAAAUCUAAAGAUUCUUUAUUAAAACUAUGGAGUCGUACCAUGUACUGGAAAUGAUAGGGGAGGGCUCUUUUGGGCGUGUCUACAAAGGACGAAAAAAGUUCAGCGGGCAAGUUGUAGCGCUGAAGUUCAUUCCUAAGGUGGGCCGGUCUGAGAAGGAGCUGCGCAGUCUGAAAAGAGAGAUUGACAUCAUGCGGGACCUGAGGCACCCGAAUGUGAUCCUGCUACUCGACAGCUUUGAGACAGAGCGGGAGGUCGUCGUGGUCACAGAGCACGCAGAGGGGGAGAUGUUCCAAAUUUUGGAGGACGAUGGAAGUUUGCCAGAGAGCCAGGUUCGAGUCAUUGCUUGCCAGCUGGUCUCGGCUUUGUACUAUCUGCAUUCUCAUCGGAUACUUCAUCGAGACAUGAAACCGCAGAAUAUCCUUCUGGGAAAAGGAGGCCGGGUCAAGCUCUGCGAUUUUGGUUUUGCCCGUGCAAUGAGCAUGUCCACCCUGGUGCUGACCUCCAUCAAAGGCACGCCCCUCUACAUGUCUCCAGAGCUGGUGGAGGAGAAGCCCUACGACCACACGGCCGACCUGUGGUCGCUCGGCUGCAUUCUGUACGAGCUCCACACGGGUGCGCCGCCUUUCUACACAAACUCCAUCUUCCAGCUGGUGCAGCUAAUCAUCCGAGACCCAGUCAAGUGGCCCGAAAGCAUGAGCCCAGACUGCAUGAGUUUCUUAAAAGGCUUGUUGACCAAGGACCCCCAGAAAAGGUUGUCUUGGCCAGACCUUCUAGAACACCCAUUUGUUGCAGAUGGAGUUUUGGACUCCGGACCCCUGCCAUCCCGCAUGGGACAAGCAGUUACGGAAAAUGGAUGGAUGGUGCAUUUUAGAGUACUCGCCGACUGCAGCCCUGACAACCCCUUGACGGUGACUCCAAGCCCUGACCUGCAGGCUCUCAAGAUGAAACAGGUGAAGGAGAGGACAGCGCCACACAGUGGAGAGGGGCGGCUACUGCGCAAAGCCAGGGAGCAGAGAGCCAAAGACAAAAAAGGCAAAGAGGAUUUUGCAGAGCAUAAUCAAAGAGGUGGAAGGGGAAAUUGCUCGAAUAAGGCACCUUUGAGGACAGCCCCAGAUGGAAGGGUCCCCUCCAAGGAUUGCUCUGUUGCUACUUUGCAUUGUUUGGACCAGGAACUGGAAAGACCACCAACCCAACAAGACCCAGACUCUAGAGGACAGGUAGACAGGGGAGGUCAGAUCAGCAGGGAUUAUGCCAAGGAGUUUCCGUCCAUAGAAGUCGGGCCCAGGCGUGUCGUUACGGCCCACCGUGGGUGUCGCCCCAGCCUUGACUCUGUGCGCCCAUUCAGUGAGCAGGACAUUGACAGCGAUGAAGAAUGGCAGGACCUGGUUAAAACGACAGAUCCAGGGAAUAUGACCUCUGCUACCUUUGACCAGUCCAUCUUACCACGUUUGAGGAGCCGAUUACUAACAUCCAAAUUCCAGCUACUGGAAGGAAGGUCGGAAGGGGCAUGCCGCAUCCGUCCGCCUCUGAAGGUCCUGAGUAACCUGCUGGCCCUGGGUGCAGACUCAGCAGUCACCAGCUGCUUGACCCAGGAAGGGGAUCUACCUCAUUUCCUGUUUGAUUUGGUCGAAGGAAUUAUGGGAAAUCCAGUUAGUCAACAGCAGCCAUGGUGCAUGCCAGUACUGGGAGACAUCAUAUAUGCAUUGAUAGUCUACGGGGAGCAGUACUUUGACUGGGAACCUGUUGAAAAGAGACUGGAAGAGCGAACCCCAGCCUUUGUCACAAUUCUGAGGGACCCCCAUAUGGCUCCUCUGGCACCUUUGGUUGCCGCCCUGCUGGCCCUGUUCUCUCACCGCGGCAUGCCCCUGGAGGUCUCCCCCGACGAGCUGAUGGCUGCGGCCGAGCGUGUACUCUCAGGACCGGCGGAGCUCUGCCUCCCUCUGCCCCGAGGCUGGGGUUUGUUUGAUGGCAUUUUGGUACUGCUCUUCCAGACCGUCUCUGAACGGGGAAGCUGUCCUCCCUCCGCCUUUCCGAGCUCCUGCCUCUGGCGCCAUCUGUGGCUGAAAAUCGCCGUUGCGUCAGAGGAGGGUAAUGGGGCGUGUGUGUCGCUGGCUGGGCUGCACGCAUUCCUCUCCUUGGUCCUCUUUGUCUUCACCAGGGAGCCCCGAGUUUGUGUACCUGCAUUUUCUGAUACUGAUUCAGGCUGUGUGGAGACCUUGGCCCAUCUGCUUUCAGCUGAGAGCGGCGGGCUGAGCCGUGUGGCGGGUGAGGGCCGGCCCGCUCGGCCCCAGAUUAGCCCCAGCCCCGGUAGCCUGCCCUUGACGAGCUGCCACUUGUUGUGCUUCCCUUUGGCUAUGGACGUUCCCGAGGAGACGAUGGGGCAGAUCCUGCAGUCGUACCAUAGCUGCGACGUCGUCUCACGUCUCCUACAGCUCUGCUCGGCUCUCCCGCUCCCCCUUCUGGAAGUUCCUCUCUCCCUGCUGUGCCGCCUGCUGCUGUGUGAUCCCCAGCGGUCCGUGCCGCGCUUCAAAGCCGCCGCAGAGGCCCUCGGCUUCUUCCACGCUCCGGGGCCGGAUCGCCACGACGACCGCGACUCGGAAGGCGGCGGCAGGGCCCGUCCACAGGAGGGCAGGACGGCCGCUUCCCUCCUGGCCGAUCUUCUCCAGUCAGACACGUUCUCUGGCUCGGCUGCCGAGCUCCUUUCCCUGGUCUCCCAGGUCGCCCGCUGUUCCCCGCGGCCCCCCCUCUCCUUCCUGAACCUGGACCCUUCCCUGCUGAGGUCGGCCCUGGCCCACCCAGACCAGGCGGUACGGCUUGCUGCCUGCAGCCUGCUAGGUAACCUCGACCCACUGUGGGUCCGGACCCCCGCAGGCGAGCAGCCCCACCUGCCGCUCUUCCGGGACCUGAUUGACCAGCUGCACGACCCAUCCGUGUCCGUCCGGAGGGUGGUGUGUCGGGCAGUGGGGACCUGGCUGGGUCUGAUCGUCACGGGGGACAGGUGUGAGGACGGGUGGGGCAGCUUUGCGGAGGGAGGGAGUCCGUCUCGGGACUGCCAGGGGUGGGCAGAGAUGGCCCUGGAGGUGCUUCCCACCAUGAUGGCCCUCCUGCAGGACUCGGACCCCCUGGUCCGACGGCACUCGUGCGCGGCUUUGGGGAACCUGGCCAGCGUGCCAGGUGGUGCCGCCUCCCUGCUGCGGCGUGACGGGCCCGGCCAGCUCCUGCACGUGGCCUGCUCCGACCCCCACGCCGACGUACAGGAGGCGGCCAUCUUCAGCCUCUGCCUCUUCAGCCUGCAGGACUCGCUGAGGCAGUCUUUAGUGUCCUUGAACGCCUCUGACAGACUGAACCAGGUGACCCAGAACUCGCACACGCUGCGGCGGUACCGCCGGCUCAUUAACGGGCUGCACCCCGCAUAAAGGGCCCUCCAGCUGCAGGAUUCACCCCCACGCCACCGGAGCGAUCCGCCCCGCUCUCCCUUCCCGCAGAAUCCCGCGGCUGUUCCGGCUCCUCUGAGGCGGAGUGGACAGGCGACCUGACCGCCCUUAUUUCCGUCUGAGCCAGCACUGCAUCCUCCCCUGUUGUACUAUUAUUUGCAGGUUUUUUUUUUUUUUUUACCCUGACAAUAAACUGUUAUUCUGAUUUCUGUUUGCUAAUUUCUUUUACACAGUGGAUUAUAUUAUUUUGCCUCCAUUAAAGUACCUACUGCUUAGCUCUGUCUGAUCUUACAUAUGUUUUUAACUAUUUUGAAGUGACUUCCACAAAUAACAAAUACAAAUUCUAAGUACAUUAGAAAUUGCUAAUGGUUUUUUUUCAUAGUAUUUUAUGAUAAGUAAAUUCCCAUAUGUGUGUGUAGACAUAAAAAAAAUCUAGAUUCUUCAGCCACAUUUAAAUCAUAAGUAAUUUACAUUCACAAAUAUAAUUUAGAAUUACUCAUGAAUUUAAAUGCAGAAAAAAAGGGGGGGGGGGUAUUGUUAAAUUUCACAUCCAAGCAGUGGUUGUCACCAUUUCAGUUACACUUGUUUAGUCAUUGCGGAUUAAGUUCUUAGCCUGUAGUUUUUCGGAGUCAUGUCAGGUUCUCCCGACAAUAACGAUUAAUUUUAUUCGGUUCUAGCGCAAGUAAAUUAAUUGAUAACAAAAACUUGUAAAAGUAAUAUAAAUUUUGCCGUUUUAUUAUUUGAAAAAAAUAGCACACAUAUAUUGAACGAUUUUCAGUAAUACAAAGUGUUUUAAAACAUUUUUUUGGUUUUGUUUUCAUUUUAGGUAAAUAUUGGUUUGUCUGUGAAGUCCCUUUCCCUUGGCAGCCAUGUUAUUAUUAUUUUUUUUAAUUAUUUUCCCCUUGUUCUCGGGUGAACAAAAUAUCAGUGUCAAUGAACACCUAUAAAUGUAACAACAUGCACAAAAUCAGUACCAGUUAAAAAAACUGAUGAUGCUGCGGAUAACGCUUUAAUAUUUACUGUUUUAACAGUUACUUAG